AUGUCGAUGCUUCCAGCAGAGACGCACAGCGCCUUGAGCCAGCUACUGCAGGGACUUCAAGCAGCCGACAACAAUAUCAGAAGCCAGGCUGAGGAACGUCUGUCAACAGAAUGGGCUCUAAGCAAGCCCGAUGUGCUGCUCAUGGGGCUGGUUGAGCAGAUCCAGAUGGCCGAAUCGUCCAUGGCCCAAUCUUUCGCCGCCGUCUUGUUCCGUCGCAUGUCAUCGCGCACCUCCAAGGACUCUGCUGGUCAGUCGCGCGAGCUAUUCCUCACCCUGCAAAAGCCCCAGCGGGACGCUAUUCGUACCCUCCUACUGCAAGGCAUGGCCGCCCCUUCGGUCGUGGCCCAGCCUUCGCUCCGCAACAAGGUCGGUGAUGCCGUCGCCGAAAUCGCCAGACAAUAUACAGAUGAACAAGUCUACAAUGAAGACAACACCAGAGACACAUGGGCCGACCUUUUGGCUGCUCUGUUCCAGGCAAGUCAAUCGCCCGACGCCGGCCAGCGCGAGACAGCCUUCAGAAUCUUUGCUACUACCCCUGGUAUCAUCGAGAAGCAACACGAAGAGGUUGUCCUAAGCUCUUUCACCAAGGGCUUCAAGGACGAUGAUGUCGCGGUCCGGCUUGCCGCCAUGGACGCAUUUGCGUCGUUCUUCCACUCGAUCACCAAGAAAGCCCAAGUCAAGUACUACCCCCUGAUCUCGGACAUCCUCAACAUCCUUCCUCCUCUCAAAGAUAUGUCCAACUCCGACGACCUUACCAAGGCCCUGGUUGCCAUGAUCGAUCUCGCCGAAGCCGCGCCCAAGAUGUUCAAGCCUUUGUUCAACGAGUUGGUCAAGUUUAGCAUCACCGUCAUUCAAGACAAGGACCUUGACGACAAGGCCAGACAGAAUGCCUUGGAGCUUAUGGCCACUUUCGCCGACUACCACCCUCAGAUGUGCCGCAAGGACCCCAACUACACUCCCGACAUGGUUACGCAGUGCCUGUCCCUUAUGACCGACGUUGGCGCUGACGACGACGACGCCGAAGACUGGUGCACUACCGAGGACCUUGACAUGGACGAGGCUGACAUGAACCAUGUGGCUGGUGAGCAGACCAUGGACCGUCUGGCAAACAAAUUGGGUGGCCAAGCCAUUCUCCCUCCCACCUUCCAAUGGCUUCCUCGAAUGAUCGAGUCUGGCGCUUGGAGAGACCGCCAUGCCGCGCUCAUGGCAAUCUCAGCUAUUUCCGAGGGUUGCCAGGAGCUCAUGGAGAGCGAACUCCAACAGGUUUUGGACCUUGUGCUGCCCAGACUGACAGACCCUCACCCUCGUGUCAGAUGGGCGGCUUGCAACGCCCUUGGCCAGAUGAGCACCGACUUCAAGGGCAUCAUGCAGACUAACUUCCACCAGCUUGUUCUUCCUGCUCUGGUAGAGUCUCUGAAGUCUGAUCAACCUCGCGUCGCUUCCCACGCCGCCGCCGCGCUUGUCAACUUCUGCGAAGAGGCCGAGCGCGAGAUUUUGACCCCCUACCUCGAUGGUCUGUUCACUAACCUCUUCGACCUCUUGCGCAACACCAAGACUCGCUAUGUCCAGGAGCAAGCCCUGUCCACUAUCGCUACCGUUGCCGACUCUGCCGAAGCUGCCUUUGCCAAAUACUACAGCGACUUGAUGCCCUUGUUGUUCAAUGUCCUGAAGACCGACCAGUCCAAGGAAAACCGCUUGCUGAGAGCCAAAGCUAUGGAGUGUGCUACUCUAAUUGCUCUUGCAGUUGGCAAAGAGCGCAUGGGCAACGAUGCUCUUGAGCUUGUUCAGAUCCUUGGCAGCAUCCAGCAAGGCAUUACGGACUCUGACGACCCCCAGGCUUCAUACCUGCUGCACUGUUGGGGCCGCAUGUGCCGUAUCUUGGGCGCCGACUUCCUUCCGUACCUACCUGCUGUGAUGCCUCCACUUCUGGAAUUGGCGAAGGCCAAGGCAGACAUCCAGUUGCUCGAUGAUGAAGACAACCUCGAGCAGGAAGAAGGAUGGGAACUCGUGCCCCUCAAGGGUAAAUACAUUGGUAUCAAGACUAGCACACUCGACGACAAGCACAUGGCCAUUGAGCUCAUUGUCGUCUACGCCCAACACCUGGCCGCAAGCUUCGAGAAUUACGUCCUUGACAUUAUGGAAAACAUCGCCAUUCCUGGUUUGGCCUUCUUCUUCCACGACCCUGUGCGCCAGGCCGCCGCAAAGUGUGUACCUCAACUCCUCAACUGCUACAAGCUUGCCCAUGGCCUUCAAUCACCACAAUUCCGCCAACUUUGGACAACAACUAUUGCCAAGGUGUUGGAGGUCCUUGAGACCGAGCCUGCUAUCGAGACCCUGGCCGAGAUGUACCAAUGCUUCUAUGAGUCCGUUGAAGUCAGCGGCAACAGCUGUCUUACCACGGACCAAAUGGCCGUGUUCAUCAACUCCGCAGAGGGUGUGCUCAAGGACUACCAGAGUCGCGUAAACGAGAGACUGGAGGAGGCCAAUGAACGUGAAGAUGGUGAAGAGGCGAGUGAAGAGACUCUUUUUGCCAUCGAGGACGAUCAGACCCUGCUCUCCGACAUGAACAAAGCUUUCCACACCAUCUUCAAGCACCACGGCACAACAUUCCUACCCUUCUGGCAGAAACUCUUGCCGUACCUUGAUCAAGCGCUGCAGAAUCAGGACCCAACACAAAGACAAUGGGCUCUGUGCAUCAUGGAUGACGUCCUGGAGUUCUGUGGCCCUGAAUCAUGGGCAUUCGAGAGCCACAUCGUGCAACCUUUGGUCGAUGGUAUGCAAGACGAUGUUCCUGCCAACAGACAAGCCGCAACAUACGGAGCCGGUGUUGCAGCACACAAGGGUGGCGCGCCAUGGUCGGACUUUGCCAACGCUAGCUUGCCACUUCUGUUCCAAGCAACCCAGAGACCUGAUGCUCGCACUGGUGACCAUGUGUUUGCUACCGAGAACGCCUGCGCCAGUAUCGCCAAGAUUCUGCACUUCAACGGCUCAAAGGUCACCAACAGUCAACAAGUUGUCGAGGCUUGGAUAGGAACAUUGCCUGUGGUUAACGACGAGGAGGCCGCUCCUUAUGCCUACGCCUUCUUGGCGCAGCUGAUUGACCAACAGAAUCCUGCUGUCGUACAGCAAGCAGCUCGUUGUUUCCACUUUGUAGCGCUGGCUUUGGAGGCCGAGACGCUGCAAGGCAGAACCGCCCAGCAGGUCGUGCAAUCCGCAAAAGCUCUUGUGACGAUGGCAUCUCUGGAUGCCAACUCAUUGCUGGCUGAAAUGUCGCCAGAGGUUCAACAUGCCGUUCGUGCCUUCUUUGGUUAG